AUGGUGGUGGCAGCAUCAAGUUACAGUCGCCGUAUCAGACAAGCCAUGAAAAUUGCUCACUGCAACAAUUCUUCCUGUUUCAUGGGCAAAACUACACUUCAGGAGAUUGCAGACAGGAAAAUUAACUCUGUGGAACAGGUCUCCAGAUACACUAACAUAAAUAUUGCAAGAGAAGUUUAUUGCUCCCUAAUGUGGACAAAUGAUAAGCUGCCAGUUAGUGCUGUGUCUGUUAGUUAUUCUCCAUGGACAUUUGAUAGCUAUGUCAGUGAAAGUUCAGAGAUGCAAUCAGAAGAUGAGGAUGCUGCAGACACUGAAAGUGAAAAUAUAUCAAGAUCAGAAAUAAUGCCGGGAUACCAAAAUGAAAUUUACACAAAACAUAUGCCUGAUGAAAAUAUCCAAACAUCACAAAAAUACGAUGUAAAUGUCAAGGAUAUAAAAGCAAAUCACUCUUCUCUGUAUUGUGAUGCAUCUUACAUGUGUGACACUAUAAAAGAAACUAAACUGAAUAUCUGUGCAAGACAGGAUGCCUGGUGUCAAACCGAUAAGACAUCAUAUGUAGCUGAGGCGUGCCAUGUUGCUGUACAGUGUGAUAUUCUGCAAAAAUGCAAGUGUGCAGAAUAGUU